AUUCUUUUUAGAAAUCCAUACUUGUCUGAAACAGAGUCUGUCGCUGUGCCUCUUCCCAAAUCUCAAAAUGGAAAAGUCUGGAUUUCUGCUCUAGAGGCAUCGGGAUUCACACGAACACCAGAACAAAAUGAUGACUUUUGGUUUUUCCUUCCGUGCCCGGUGGGAACAUUUUCCAACUCUUCUUCUCAAGGUUCGGAAGGAUGCAUAUCAUGCCCUCCAGGUAUUGUAUAGUUUUACAUUAUUAUUGUUCCUCCGCGCAUGAGCGUUUUCAUCUGGAUAAGAAGUCUUUUGAUCGCCAAAAAAAAGAGCCUUCUCCAACCACAUUGUUUUAGUUUUUUAAGCCCCUCUUUUGUGUUGCAUUGGUCCUCCUGGCAUAACGACUUGAUGAUUCUUGAGCCACUCAUACUGUGUCCUUUGCUGUUUAGGAGGGUUUUACUGUGACGAUGUAGGCUAUGUGGGAACGACUGGUAAGAAAUGCCCAAAUGGUUCCUUCGUAGCGUAUGAUAAAGCACCUGGGACACAAGUGCAAGAUUGUAAGACCUGUCCUUUAGGUAAAUAACAAUUAAUAUAACUGAAUGAGCAAUAUUUGCUCAUAGUUUCUUUUCUUUUCUUCGUUGACCAUUUGGAGUGAACAAGUUAUUGUUAUUUACUCGCUCAGAAAAAAAAAAGCAAACACCAUCGCGAAAAAAGUUGGGUAUCAGGUGUUUUGGUAAGGACAUACUGGUCAUUUAAGAAGCUAGUAUCGAACCCUCAAAAACAUCUUUCUUCCAACCUUCAGAAUUCAGAUUCGUUGAAAUUUGUUAAAUUUAGCUUCGUUUUUCAGACCUCAUCACAGUGUCUGGCUUAUUCGUAUAUCAUAAUUUAGUUCGGACUCGAUGAAAUUUCAAUGUACUAGUUUUAUAGUUUGUUUUUUUUUUGGUUGAUUGUCUCUUACUCAAAAUCUUGAAUGUUUCUUAAUCAUUCAUAGGUACAGACAGUGAUCUGUUUGCUGGACUGCGUGCUUGUUCAUGCUUGAAAGGUUAUUAUCGGACUGAUAUGUUUGGCAAAUGUCAAAAAUGUGGAAAUGGUCUUGAAUGCCAGAAUGAGUUUGCCACUUUAAAAUCUGGUUACUGGUGGAAAUGGAGAAACAAUACUCACAAAGAUAAGUACCAAAGUUUUAUAGACAAUCUCUUGUCAUCUUCGCCGGCCUUGGACAAAGAGAAGGUGCAAUAUUCAUUUCCUUUGCCAACUCCAUACAAGUGCCCAAGGGAAAAGUCUUGUAAAGGUGGCAUGGAUUCCACUUGCGAAGAUGGAUACAAAGGCCCACUUUGUAGUGUAUGUACAAAAGGACACUAUAAGAAGUUACACCAGUGUCAAGAAUGUCCAUCUAAGAAGUUGAUAGCAGCACAGCUGUUUGUCAUUACUGCUAUUUUGUUGAUAAUCAUCGCAGCUUGUGUUUGGAAAGCCAAAAGGAAUGGCCAGGAGAGCGAAGUAAAAACCUCCCUCAUAGAUAUGUUCUUAUCCAAAAUUAAGAUCGUAAUUGGGUUUUAUCAAGUCACCUACGGUUUGCAUGAAGCUUUUUCAUACAUCGAAUGGCCAGAGUCCAUACGGGUCAUCAGCAAGUAUUCAGAAAUACUUCAGUUCAAUAUACUUGAGAUGGCACCAGUUCACUGUGUUAUCACCGGACUGCGGGCAGAUGCAUUCGCUAAUUUGUUGUCAGUAAUGUUAAUAAAUGCUACAGUUACUGUGUUCGCGGGCGUCGCCAUCAGCGUGUGUAAAGUGAUCAGUUUGAGUAAAAGCAUCUUGGAAGACGAGCAGAAGUCAAAGAAAAUCUCGAAUCUCAAAGAAGCAUUUUAUAAGAAUUUGUUUUUCUUUUUGUACGUAACUUACCUCAGCACGUGCUCUAAGACAGCAACUGUCUUGCCGAUUGCCUGCCAAGAACUUUGUGAAGACGAAAAAGAAGGGUUUUGCCUGAAGUACUUGAAAGCAGAUUAUAGCAUACAGUGUUUUGAUAACCGGUACAACAAAUUGAUAAUAAUUGCCUAUAUUUCUGUCGCCUACAUUUUUGCCCUUCCCACAACCGCAUUCAUCUUUCUCUGGAGAAAACGAAGAGCAAAACAAUCGUUAACAUAUGUUGAUCAAGGAUUAAGCGACGAAAUGAUGAGGGGAAUGCAAUUUCUUUACGAAAACUACAAUGGUGCAUCUUGGUAUUGGGAAAUAAUAGAAAUGUCUCGUAAAGUAAUCGUCACAUCUGGCCUGAUCCUCGUGGGACAAGAAAGCAGGUCCUACAUUGGCCUGGCAUGGGUCAUUGCUGGUAUGUACGGAAUCAUGUUUGCCUGGAAUCGCCCUAUACAAGACGCAUUUGAUAACCUAUUGAUGACAGCAUCCGUUGGUGUUACUGUUUUCAAUUUGGGUGUUGGGAGUAUCAGCAAAAUUCCCGCAGAGAACCUGCCUGCAGCGGCGGAAUCGUACGUGGAAACCGUUAUGUUCAAUAUAUUGGUUCUGGCAGCGAACACGUUGGUGAUUGGGCUGCUAGCUUGUAAGAAAAUUAUGUUGUUGAAAAGAACUUUGACCUAGCUAGAGCUCUUGAGACCAAUUCCAUUCAAAAUAUAGCGACCACAACCUAUCUUAAUUUGUUUUAAAUACAUCCAAAACGCAUGCUACCCUAGGACUAAAUGUCGUUGAACAGUUGCAGCUACUUCGACGGCAUCCAAAGAAAUAUCUGUGCCUGUGACGACUUAGUCAAGGGGGAAACUAGAAUAAGAAUAUAGUUACUUAUUAUGCUCUUCUUUUCUCAGUUCAGUACAUAUGGCAUCUUUAUGAGUAUAUUAUGGAAUGGCGAAAAAACCCACAGUGGUCGUUUUCAUGCUGCUUGGCCCUGAUUGUUCCUCUUGUCGGUUUGCCAGGAGAUAUAAGUGGUUUUGAAAGCUCAAAUGCAAUAGAUAACCAGCUAGAAAUCGGAGAAAUGGAAAUUUCUACUACAUCUGACGCCGACCAAGAUGACACUCUUGGGGAAAGGAAACAAAAUAAUGGUGACCUGAAGGAGGCCCAAGGUGACGGCAGCACUUUGAGCGUCCGGUCCCGAGCUGAGGAUAAAAGAACGUCCGCCGCAGAUCAAGGAAGUGGAGCCAUUAAUGUCCGGGUGGGCGAGAACAAACAAGGUGGUGAUAACAAUGGAAAUAAUGGCUACCAUGUGGUGGAUAAACUUAACGAUGAAAAAGAAGGGAAAAGCCCCAUUGCCACUUCUCUGAGAUGUAGGUCCAACAAAUGCCAUCAAGGGACACAGACGGUGUUUGCGCGACUGUGGAGCAUAAGCCAGUAA